GUCCUAUCAAAUCUGUUUCUUUUGUCUCUUUCAGUUCCUGUUUGGAAUUCAAACCUUUCAGUUCACUACUGUCGUUAAAUUGUUAAAUUCGUUAAGAAUAUGGGAACAAACUGGAAAUACCACUUACUCCUCUUCUUUCUUAAAGUCACAUUUUGGGUUACAUAUGGAAAAAGAUGGAAUCUCCCUUUUGACAGCAAAAGCGGCAUCAUUCAUAUCAAUAUUACAUGCAAAGAUAAUACUGUUUUAGCUGUGAAAAAUUUAAAAUGGUGCAGAGCAUACACUGAAAAUCCCACCACGAUUCCCCAAGUAGUUACUAACAUCAGUAGUAAUGUCAACGUUACCAAUGCCACAGACUCCAAUAUAACACAGACUACACCUGUCACUGUUCUGAGCACCACUUCAAGUAAUAUUUCCUCAACAAACAUACCAAACAGUCAUCAAUCAACGUAUGAUGUUACCUCUUACACAACAUCUCCUUUGAGUCAAAAUACCACAGAAGAAUCUUUAACGAGUCUUCCACCAUCUAAUCCACCAGAUGUAUGUACGUAUGGAUGUAGAGAUGGAUAUACAGAUGUAUGUACAAUACAGGAAUCUAUAGUAGUGAACUGUUCUGAUACAAGUUAUUGUAAUUUUACCACAUAUUUAAACACUUCAAACAGUCUUUACUCUAACAUCACUAACUUGGAGCUUUAUGGGCAAUGCAUCUAUGAAGAACACAGACUAGAAAUUUGUGAGAAAAACAAAUUAGAAGGAACCAUUAUUUUCCUUCAUGAACCUCUGAAAAGUUUGAAUAAUUUUACAUGCUCUUGUACAGCAACAAGUAAUGACAGACUCCAGAUAAAGGUAAUGAAUGUUGUGACAAACAAAACAGUUAAUGCUUCAAAGGAAGAGAUCACCAAUUUUUUAAAGUUGAAUGACAUACCUGUAACCAAAACAGGAUUAUUGAACUUCACAAGCAAUAAUAUGGUUAACAUGACAUUCCAUAAAGAAAUUAAUGAACCUUAUCAAAUAUGGCUGGAAAUAUCCUCUGAAGAACUGCACAAAGUCAGCGUCGAAUGUACAGAAAUUCCCAAAGAACCUCCUGAAGUGAUUUCCAAAAAAAAAGUGAUGAAAUAUGAUGCUGAGUUUUUCACAGGUACGUGAUAAAUUAAAUCUUAA